AUUUGGCAAACUUAUUAUAAUUAUAAUUAUUCCUCUUCUUCCACUUUUUUAUUCGGUGCGAAACUAGUCCCGCACCGUUUGUCGGAGAUCGACGGUUGAGGUGUCAAAUCGAUCGUCUUAUUGAGCAGAGGUGUGCUGUGUAUUACGGAAGUGAUCGGAAUGUCGGCAUUCCCGGUACGGAAGCGCAAAGUCGGAAAAUUUCCCAUAGACUUGCAUUGAGUUGCGAAAGAAUUGGCCACCAGCUCUAAAAGAAUUGUCUCCAUACAUGCCCGGCUCUCAAAAGUAUUGGCGCCCAAUCUGGCCAACUCUCAAAAGUACUGGCACCCCGCAUGGCUGGCUCUCCAUAGUAUUUCCGCCCUACACGGCCAGCUCUCAGAAGUAUUGGCACCCUGUGACUCCAGCUCUCAAAAGAAUUGGCGUCCAGCUCUCAAAAGAAUUGGCACCCUACGCCGUCAGCUGUCAAAAUUAUUGGCACCCCACUCUUCUGGCUGUCAAAAGUAUUGGCACGCUACGCUUUCGGCUAUCGAAAGUAUUGGCGCCUGAUCUGAAUUUUGCCAUGUCAAGCAGCACACAUUUUCUUCAGGAAAUGUACUGGUCUAGUUUAUUAUUAUUAUUAUUAUUAUUGUGUGUGUGUGUGUGUGUCUGUCUUAUUAUUUCUGUGUCUGUGUUAUUAUUUCAGACAUCAGAUAUUUCUCAUCUAUAUUAAAUGUUUUCUACACAUUUGAUCAUUUUAGAAAAUGUUUGAAGGAUUUUUACACGCACCCCUGCUCUCAUCAGACAGAACCUCGAUUGGGAAACACUGGGUUAGUUACUCGUCUGACCAAUGUGUUUAACUUACUCUCCAUCAUCACCUUUAUUCUGAGUAACAUUCAUUAUUCACACAAAAACUACUUACACACCAAUCCUCACUAAUAUCAGGAUACUCGCUCUCAUUAAGGGGAAACCAGAAAAAAAAAAUUUCUGCAGAUAUUUAAGUAAACUUACUCAGCGUAUGAGUUCUGCUUCUUUAUCUAAUGAUCUGCUGAGUGUUUCUAGCACUUCCUGGUAUUUAAAUUUUGUUUAUAUAUUUGUAUAGAGCUCUGACAGUUGUUCGUGCACAGCUGAAUGAAGUCACGAGAUAAUAAAUGAAGGCCUUUGCUCGAUGGAUCAGAAAGCUGUCUGAAAACAAACCAUAUCCUACCUCACUGCCCCUCCCCCUCUGCAGAAUAAACGGUUAGGAAGUGAAAGUGAAAGUCAGUCUCCAUUUUGUGUGGAGGGGAAAAUACAGCAUUUCAGGAGUAAAAACACAGGUUUGAUUUAACACACCGAUGUUGGAGUGAAGUAAACGUGUGUCCUGCUGUAAUCUGGAGGAGACAUGACCUCCAACAUGAGUGUGUCUGGAGAACAGGACUUAAAGAGAGACGAGAGAAUGAUGGAGGGAAAGAGAUCAGACUCACCAGAACCCAGCUGUGUGUCCAUGAAGAGUGACGAGUCAAUGAAUCAUCCAAUUACCUUCAGUUCUCCUGAUGUGAGACCACAACAGAAGAAAUCAAACCUCAGCAGAGAUCAGUUGGACUCCAUAUUCAAGGAGCUGGAACACAAAGUCAUCACUCUGAUAAAGAAUGAACUGAAGAGGUUUAGGAAGCUCCUGAGUCCAGAUUACCCAGCAUGCACUGAGAGGGAGGUGGAGGAUGAGCAGGAUCUGCACAGUGUCAGAGACGGAGCGCUGAAGAUCACACUGCACGUCCUGAAGAACAUGAACCACACAGAUCUCGCUAACACACUGCACAACAAACUCGCCUCUGUGUAUCAGACAAAGCUGAAAUCCAGCCUGAGAGAGAAGUUUAAAAGAAUUAAUGAAGGAAUCUCACAGCAUGGAAGCUCAGCACUUCUGAAUGAGAUCUACACAGAGCUCUACAUCACAGAGGGUUGGAGUGGAGACGUCAAUAAUGAACAUGAGGUGAGACAGAUUGAGACAGCGUCCAGGAGACCAGCAGCACAGGAGACACCCAUCAAAUGUAACGAGCUCUUUAAAGACGAGUCCAUCAGAAGUGUUCUGACUAAAGGAGUUGCUGGAAUUGGAAAAACAGUCUCUGUGCAGAAGUUCAUUCUGGACUGGACUGAAGGAAAAGCAAAUCAGGACGUCACCUUCAUGUUUCCACUUCCCUUUAGAGAGCUGAAUCUGAUGAAGCAGAAACAUCUCAGUCUGAUGGAUCUUCUUCAACACUUUUUCCCUGAAAUGAGAAAACUACAGUUAAUAGACUCCUACAAAGUGGUGUUGAUCUUUGAUGGUCUGGAUGAGUGUCGACUUCCUCUAAAUUUCCAGAAGAAUGAGAGACUGUGUGAUGUGACAGAGUCAGCCUCAGUGGAUGUGCUGCUGACGAACCUCAUCAAGGGGAAUCUGUUUCCCUCUGCUCUCCUCUGGAUCACCUCUCGACCAGGAGCAGCCAAUCAGAUCCCUCCUGAGUGUGUAGACCAGGUAACAGAGGUACGAGGGUUCAGUGAUCCUCAGAAAGAGGAGUACUUCAGGAAGAGGAUCAGUGAUCGGAGCCUGGCCAAUAAAAUCAUCUCACACAUGAAGUCUUCAAGAAGCCUCUACAUCAUGUGCCACAUUCCAGUCUUCUGCUGGAUCUCAGCCACUGUUCUAGAGAGAAUGUUGGGUGAAGCAGAGAGUGGAGAGAUCCCCAAGACUCUGACUCAAAUGUUCACACACUUCCUGAUCUUUCAGAUCAAACACAAGGACCAAAAGUACCAUCAGAAAUGUGACCCUGACCCUCAGCAGACCAGAGAGAGUAUCCUGGCACUGGGAAAACUGGCUUUCCAACAGCUGGAGAAAGGAAACCUGAUCUUCUAUGAGGAAGACCUGAGAGAGUGUGGCAUUGAUGUGAGAGAAGUGUCAGUGUACUCAGGAGUGUGUACCCAAAUCUUCAGAGAGGAGUUUGGGCUUCACCUGGGGAAGGUGUUCAGCUUUGUACAUCUGAGUGUUCAGGAGUUUCUGGCUGCUUUAUAUGCAUUUCUCUCCUUCAUCAGCAGAAAUGUGACAGAACAACCAACCACUGAUCUGUCUGAUCUUCUCAACAAGUCAGACAUGUCUGAUCUCCUCAGGAGUGCAGUGGACAAGGCCUUACAGAGUGAGAACGGACACCUGGACCUGUUCCUCCGCUUCCUUCUGGGUCUCUCACUGGAGUCCAAUCAGACUCUCUUACGAGGUUUAAUGCCCCAGACAGGAAGCAGCUCUCACAACAAACAGGAAACAGUCGAGUACAUCAAGGAGAAGAUCAGGGAGAAUCCAUCUCCAGAGAAAUCCAUCAAUCUGUUCCACUGUCUGAAUGAACUGAAUGAUCAUUCUCUAGUGCAGGAAGUACAGACUUACCUGAACAGAGGAGGUGACAGUCGUCUCAGGGGAACCAGACUCUCUCCUGCUCAGUGGUCAGCUCUGGUGUUUGUGUUACUGAACUCAGAUCAGGAGCUGGAUGAGUUUAAUUUGUGGAAAUAUGACCCAUCAGAUGAAUGUCUUCUGAAGCUGCUGCCAGUGGUCAAAGCCUCCAGAAGAGCUGAGCUGUGGGAGUGUAAACUGACAGAGGAAAGCUGUAGAGUUCUGUCCUCAGUUCUCAGAUCAAACUCCUCCAGACUGAGAGAACUGGACCUGAGUGACAAUAACCUGCAGGAUUCAGGAGUGAAGCUGCUCUCUGCUGGACUGGAGAAUCCACACUGUACACUGGAGAUACUGAGGCUGUGGGGGUGUAAUCUGACAGAGGAAAGCUGUAGAGUUCUGUCCUCAGUUCUCAGAUCAAACUCCUCCAGACUGAGAGAACUGGACCUGAGUGUCAAUAACCUGCAGGAUUCAGGAGUGAAGCUGCUCUCUGCUGGACUGGAGAAUCCACACUGUACACUGGAGAUACUGAGUCUGUGUGAGUGUAAACUGACAGAGGAAAGCUGUAGAGUUCUGUCCUCAGUUCUCAGAUCAAACUCCUCCAGACUGAGAGAACUGGACCUGAGUGACAAUAACCUGCAGGAUUCAGGAGUGAAGCUGCUCUCUGCUGGACUGAAGAAUCCACACUGUACACUGGAGAUACUGAGGCUGUGGAGGUGUAAUCUGACAGAGGAAAGCUGUAGAGUUCUGUCCUCAGUUCUCAGAUCAAACUCCUCCAGACUGAGAGAACUGAACCUGAGUGACAAUAACCUGCAGGAUUCAGGAGUGAAGCUGCUCUCUGCUGGACUGGAGAAUCCACACUGUACACUGGAGAUACUGAGUCUGUGUGGGUGUAAACUGACAGAGGAAAGCUGUAGAGUUCUGUCCUCAGUUCUCAGAUCAAACUCCUCCAGACUGAGAGAACUGAACCUGAGUGUCAAUAACCUGCAGGAUUCAGGAGUGAAGCUGCUCUCUGCUGGACUGGAGAAUCCACACAGUACACUGGAGAUACUGAGUCUGCGUGGGUGUAAACUGACAGAGGAAAGCUGUAGAGUUCUGUCCUCAGUUCUCAGAUCAAACUCCUCCAGACUGAGAGAACUGAACCUGAGUCGCAAUAACCUGCAGGAUUCAGGAGUGAAGCUGCUCUCUGCUGGACUGGAGAAUCCACACUGUACACUGGAGACACUGAGGAUGUGUUACUGCAGGAUUACAGAUGAAGGUUGUGCUGCUCUGGCUUCUGCUCUGAGGUCAAACUCCUCAUCACGCCUGAGAGAACUGGAUCUGAACUGGAAUAAUCCAGGAGAAUCAGGAGAGAAGCUGCUCUCUGAUCUACUGAAGGAUCCACACUGUAACCUGGAGACACUACACAUUAACUAUAAUACACUCACCAGGACUGGCGUAUGACAGGAGUCUCACCUCAAACCUCUUCUCCAGGAUAAAGGAGUCUUGGUGAAGAGUUAGAACCCGUCCCACAUUUCCAGCAGUUUGGGAGCUGAAUCAUUAAACUUAAAGGGGCAGAGCAGAAACAAAGUCAAGAACAGGCAGAAGGUCGUACACAGGAGAAAUCAACACACGUAGCCAAAUAUCUGCUGUACAAAGCAACGGCACCGAUCUGCCCCGGGGAUGGAGACUGACGAGGCUUAAGUACAUGUCCGAAAAUGUACAGCCAACUCAUCCCAAAGCACAAGGCGGGAGCAGGCGUGUACGAGAUGUGAUCGUCCAAUGGCAAGCAGGAACAUGACGCACCGCAGUAGACUGGGCUUAAAAGAGGAGGAGACAAGACACCCAUCCCUCCCCCGACAUAGACACACGAAUGGAACAUAGUACAAAUAGAAAUACAACUGAGGACAUAACAAUGGUCAAGUAUCAAAUAUAAUGUAAACGUGCAUUGAUGAAGUUAAUGUUGUUAGUAAUUGUUUAUAAAUUACCAUGGUAACACGGAGCUCCAAGGUAUAAAAAUAUGGAGUUUGUCAUCAAUCAAACAGUAACCAGUUUUAAUACCUAAAAAGUUUACGUAGCAAAAUUUAGCAAAGCGCUUUACAGUAAAUUAAAAUGUAAAAUUAAACUAAUGAAAUGUUGUACAGAACAUGCUUAUGUUAAUGUUUGUUUCAUUAUAUGAUCAUAUAAAUAAAUAAAUACUCCCAAAGUCACCAUAAUUGAAAGCUUUUUGCUGUUAAACAUUUAGAGAUUGAUGUUGUGGUGACUCAGUAGUUCACUCAGUAUAUCUGGGUAAGACACAGUGAACGACUCACUGCUGGCAUUCAUGAAGAAGUCAUAAACUCCACUGGAAUAAUAAAUAGGAUCUAAUAAAACCAUGAGUGGAAAUUAUUGGUGUAAGUUUAUUAGGAUAGACUUCCUCCAACCUGGAACUAUAUCCUCCAGUCCACGCGGUGGCGGUAACGCGCCUAACAGCUGCGUCUCCGACCAGUAGAAAUCACAGAAGAAGAAAAAGCUGCAGCGGGUAUCUCCUGAGCAGUUGAGUUAUUACACCGAACUAAUCAUCUCCAGAUUAAAUUAUUUCUGACAGUUUUACAGUUAGGUUUGAUCCAGUUUAAACAUAAAAGCUGGUUAUUUUGUCUGUGUUUGAGGAAUUAAAACUCCGUUCUGUUUUUAAACCCGAGAAUCCCUUCUAUCGUGCACUGGAAGAUCGCUGGACUUGAAGCAACUCCAAAUGGUGGCCUGUUUGCCCAAAGCCCGUGGUGGUGGCAGUGCAUGGCGUGUGUGUGGGAGCAGGUCUGUUGGGAGUGUUAAGUACCAUCUCAUACACUCAGCAAACAAUAUGGAUGGAACUUUCCAGAGUUGUGGUGUCACUUUUCCUGCAAAGCUUUAAUCAUCAGAGAGUUAUCUUUUACUGGGGCUUUUAGCUGCAGGAGACUGAAUUACUAAGUUUUUUUUUUUUUGUGGAUCUGAUUUCUUCUUUCGCAGGAGUGGAUCUAAUCACAGCCUGUGAUAUUCGUCUGUGCACACAGGAUGCCUGGUUUCAGGUGAAGUCGUGUGUUCCCUGAUAGUCAAUGAUUGCUGGAGCUCUGGAAAUAGCAGGUGAGAUUGCAGGCCGGAGUCGCGUCGCUGUCCAAGGAACCAAAAUCAACCUCCUCUACUCCUGAGACCACAGUGUGACUGAGAGCCUAGACUACAUGGCUACUUGGAACAUGAACAUGUUGCAGACACAAGAUCUUAUGAAGUCAGCGCAGGCAGCCCUGGAAAAGAAGAGUCCGAAAGACGUGCCCUUCUCCAAGCUUUAAAGGAGAAGAUCCAGGGCUGUUGAAGCUGCGGUGGAACUGAGACUUCAUCAUCCCCAUAUCUUUAGUUUUUCUUGCUAAGUCUCAGUUUCUUUUUAGUCUUUUUAUUUUUAGACUGGUCAAAAGACUGAUUAGUGGAAGUGAAAUGAUGGAUGAACUUUUAAUUACUUGCUUUAUUAUUUGCAGGUGCCUUGUACAGUAAGACAGGGUAACUAAUACUCAAAAGCUUGUUUUGUGUGUUAACAUGUACAGUAGAUGUACAUAUUUCUUCUGGUGCUGUGUGACUGCAGAAUGUAGUGCAGUUAACACAGUAAAUUUCCUUGGAUGCUCACUUUUAACUCGAGGAGGUCACAGUUUGCCCAGACAUCUUUUUUUAAAUCCGUCACCCACACGUCAUUCUGGGGGACGAAGAGGAGGAAGCUGGACAGAUAAAUUUAUUUAUUUAUUUAUCAUUGCUGUGUUUCCUCAAUCGAGUGCAGAAAGAAGAAAAACAACACAACUGAUUUAAAAUAAAAAUAUAGAAAACAAUCUAAUGUAAGGUUCUGAUCCGGUUUGCUUUCAGCAGGAAGGCUGUCCUCUUUCCUGUUGCUCUUUCUCUUCUAUUAGUCCAUUUGUCCAGUCUGAAUCGGUUUGAUUCGUUUCGAGACGAUUCGGAGUCAAAUAAUUUUCUAGUGAGAGUCGCACACUUCCAAACGAACUAGACUGAGAUGAGUAUUUGAUUCUCACUAGAAAGUGAUUCGACUCUGAAUCAACUCGAAAUGAAUCAGUCAAACUGAUUCAGACUCUAUAAAAGGACUAUGAGAUGUGAUUAAGAUAUAUAUUCCAAUGUUUUGCUUUACAAUUCCACUGUGUGUGUGUGUGCGCGCGCACGUGUGUUUUUCAGGAGAACGAGAAACUCGGACACAACAGUACAUCCUGACCAUUGGUACUGUGUACACAUCAACAUACACACACGUCUCCAUGCUGGACAGCUCAGGAGCUUUCACACACAGUGCUAGGAAUAUCCCGGGACAGAGAAACGCACCUUCUAAGUGAGCGAGUUUAGCGUCAACCGGUGAAAUUUGCUGUAGCGUGAACACUUCGCCUCUGUGAGCUUCACUCUCCGUCAGGUUCACUGUAAUUAGACAUAAAAUGUACAUAAUGUUUAUUUUUCAUACAUUUAGGAUUUAAUGUUUUUUUUUUUUUUUUUUUACUCUUUGAGGAACAUAAAUGAUAUUUCGAGGCAGCUUCUUCAUCACUACCUGCUCCGUUUGACUCAAAAAUGUAACGACCGGUUUCAAAAAGUCACGAUGUCUUCAGUUCAUGUGAUUUUACUGUUGAAUUUAAACAGGAAAUGUGAAAUAUUUUUCCCUUUGUUUCCUCUACUGUCUUUUUGCUGUGAUCUUGAACACAGUUGUAAUUUUUUUUUAAAUAAUAAAUAAACGAUCAUUCUAGUUCUCUCACUUUCCUUGUCCUAAUUGUCCUGUAUCUGUUAAAUCUGUUUCAUCUCUGGUCUUUCUGUCUGUAUGAACACUUGUAGAAAUGACUUGUAGUCCAUAUUUUUAAAUGAUUCGUGAUUUUGAAUUUAAAUAAAGAUAUUCUUUAAUUCUGUA